GGGGUUUUCCCCAUGGAACUUCCUCUACUCUUCCUCCUAGGGUUUUGGGGAGCACCACAAUUCACGAGGCAUGAUCAUCAUUUCCUCCACUUGCCCAAACGAAGAUCCCCACGUUUUGGGAAUUUAAACCAAACGAUUCUCAUCUCUUUGUGGCCAUAAGCAAAAUCCAACCCUGUUUAGGUAAAAGAGAAAGGAGAUUGGAUUUUCUGAACAAUGCCUGCUCAGACAUCAAGAUCGGAUAAGGAAGACGCCGGAGAAGAUGAGCUCCUCCGGCGGAACCCGUAUGAAGUCCUCGGAAUCCCCUGCAACUCCACUGAUCAGGAGAUCAAAAGUGCCUAUCGAAAGAUGGCUCUCAGGUACCAUCCUGAUAAGAACCCAAAUGAUCCGGUUGCAGCAGAUAUGUUUAAGGAGGUUACAUUUGCUUAUGAUGUCUUGUCUGAUCCUGAGAAUCGGCGUCAAUACGAUACAACUGGUUCUGAGGCUCCUGGUCCAGAAAAUGAAGAUCUUGAGCUGGAUCUUUCAAGCUUAGGAGCUGUUAACACUAUGUUCGCUGCGCUGUUCAAUAAGCUUGGUGUGCAAAUCAAGACAACUGUUUCAGCAAAUUUAUUGGAGGCGGCACUGAAUGGUACGGUAACUACUUUGCCUCUCACGGUUGGGCAAGUUGUCUCUAGGAAGGUUGAAAAGCAAUCGGCUCACUUUUAUUCUGUCACGUUAACAGAGGAAGAAUCUCAGGCUGGAUUGAUAUGUAAAGUGCACUCUUCUGCUAAAAACAAAUUCAAGUUACUCUACUUUGAUCAAGAAGAGAAUGGAGGACUGAGCCUGGCUCUACAGGAGGACAGCAAGAAAACAGGGAAACUCUCUACUGCAGGAUUGUAUUUUUUUGGCUUCCCAGUUUAUCGUUUCGAUCCCAGGGUUAAUUCAAGGGCUCUCUCCAGGGAUCCAGAGACUGGAUUUUUCAAAAGGCUUGAUGCUUUCCAACCGCUUGAGAUCACUGAACUGAAACCUGGAACUCAUGUGUUUGCUGUUUAUGGUGACAAUUUUUUCAAAAGCGUGAGCUACACUCUAGAAAUAUUCUCAUCUGCUCCAUUCUCUGACGAGAAAGAGACUCUUCGAUCAACCGAAGCUCAGAUAGUGUCAAAAAGAAGCGAGUUAUUGAAGUUUGAAUCUGAAUAUCACGAAGUCUUUUCACAGUUCACAGAGAUGGCUAGUAAAUGCGCAGGCGAAGUACAAGAAAUUGAUGAGCUUCUCAAGAGGAGGAACGAGAUAUGCGCGGCGUACACAACUUUCCCACCAACAAAGCAAGGUUCAAGCAAGAGCUGGAGCAAGGGAAAGAGCAAGAAGAAGAGCAGUCUUUUAAUGGAAGCUAGAGAGGAGGGAGAAGUCACAGUUAGAGAAGAAAAUGGAGUGAAGAAGAAGAAAUGGUAUAAUAUUCAGCUAAGGCAAGACAAGAAAAAGAACUAAAGAGACUUAUUAUAUAGCAUAUUCAUCUUUUUGUACAAUAUCUUUGAUCUCUUUUUACGCUUUGCUGGAUUCAGAUUCACAUACUCGUCAGCUUCUUUUUGGUCCAAAUCUCUGCUGAUGAGGACUGUCUCAAAAUAUAGUAAGAUCAUGUUCAA